UGCAAGCAUAUUAACACUUUCAAAACGCAUUUUGCACAAGAAAGAAUCAACGCGACACUUCGACGAGAAUCAAUUAUCGAUCAGACGUGCACGCGUCUCUCUAACAAAGUACAUCACCCUGUCGCCCUGUCCGUUCACCAACGAUUCGCGCAGGCGCUCGUUCGAACACAGCUCCAGCAGGUGUUCGCCGAGGUCAGUACAUUGUGCGCCACCGCGAAGCGAUCAUGACGUAUUCUCACCAUGUGACAAGGGGCAUCGAGCUUCCCUACAAAAACGAUUAUAAUUACAGUCUUCAACUAAUUCGUUGGUUUCUGUUACCGAUUGGGGUUUGGCCGCAAAUGAACACGGCGACGAGGGUGGAGAGAAUCCCCUCGCACAUGCACAUUUUCGCAUGCGCAUUCUUAAUAGCGAUCGUCAUGGUGCCGUUUGUGUUAUACGUGUCGCUAGAGGAGAAAGAUGCCAAGAUCAAAAUAAGCCUAAUAGGUCCGCUGAGCCACUGGAUCAUGGGCAUGAUCAAUUACUGUUUGCUCCUCGCGCGCGUCGACGACAUCCGCGAGUGCAUGCUGCACAUGGAGACGGACUGGCGGGUCGUUCGAAAGAUCGAGGAUCGUCAAAUAAUGUUGCGACAAGCCAAGAUCGGUCGCUUCAUCGCCGGAUUCUGCGCGGUGUUCAUGCAGAGCGGCACAUUUCUCUUCGCUAUCGCGAAAUCGCUGUCAACCACUAUCGUCAUUGUCGGCAACGAAACCGUCUCAUUUCAUCCGAUGACCUGUCCAAUUUACACCAAAUUCAUCGACACGAGAUUCAGCCCAGCGAACGAGAUUAUGGUGGUUGUGGAAUUACUGUCAACUUUUACAGUGAACUCUGUUAACGUGGGCGCUUGCAGCCUCGACGCUGUCUUUGCGAUGCACGCGUGUGGUCAGCUGAACGUGCUAUUUUCGUGGUUAAACAAACUCGUAGACGAAGAUAAGGGAAACAAAUGCGCUAAGCAAAGGCUGGCCGUUAUCGUGGAGCAUCAUUUAAGAGUGCUCAGUUUUAUAUCGCGUAUGGAAACCAUUAUGCGAAAUAUCUGUCUCGUGGAAUUGCUGGGAAGCACGAUGAAUAUGUGUUUACUUGCAUAUUAUUUUAUUACGAAUUUGGACUCGUUUGAUGCAGCGAAGGCAAUGUCAUAUGUCCUUAUAUACCUGUCUGUGGCUUUCAACAUUUUGAUAUUUUGUUACAUCGGUGAGAUUCUCACAGAACAGUGCAAGAAUGUUGGCGAAAAAGCGUAUAUGAUCGAUUGGUACGAAUUACCGCACGAAACUGCCCUUGGACUUAUUUUGGUGAUAGCACGAUCGAGUAACGUUAUCAAGAUGACUGCUGGAAAAUUAUUUCAUUUGUCUAUCGCAACUUUCGGUGAUGUAAUUAAGACUUCCGUGGUAUAUUUGAAUAUGUUACGAACUAUGUCAACCUCUGCGUGAACUAUAUUAAAUUAGAAAAAGUAAGAAAUAUAUUUUGAA